GCCUCCCGAGUAGUUGGGACCACAGGGGAGUUCUUCUGCACAUGCCCUCUUGCCUGCUGCCAUAUAAGAGGUGACUUUGCUGCUCCUUAUUCACCUUCUGCCGUGAUUGUGAACUACGCUUCACAACUGUCCAAGAUGGAAGGUUCCUGUCCCCAUUGUACAGAUGAGAAACAAGACCUGUGAGGUAAAGGAUUUUGCCAUAGGCCACGCAGAAAGACAGCACUGCAGCUGAGACUCAAACUCUGGGCUUUCUCUUUCUGAGGCCUGAACUGUUUCCAUGUCACCAGAUGGCUUCAUAAAGAGGGGACAGCCGGAGGCUGAAGGGGGCCAUCCAGAGGAGCACAGAGACGGGCCUUGCAGUGGAGAUGCCCAGCCGGACGCUGCGCCAGGCCAGCCACGAGUCCAUCGAGGACAGCAUGAACAGCUAUGGCUCGGAGGGCAACCUUAACUAUGGAGGAGUUUGCCUGGCAUCAGACGCCCAAUUCAGUGACUUCCUGGGAAGCAUGGGGCCGGCACAGUUUGUGGGCCGCCAGACCCUGGCCACCACACCCAUGGGGGAUGUGGAGAUCGGCUUGCAGGAGCGGAACGGUCAGCUGGAAGUGGACAUUAUCCAAGCUCGGGGACUGACAGCCAAGCCAGGCUCUAAGACACUGCCAGCGGCCUACAUCAAGGCCUACCUGCUAGAGAAUGGCGUCUGCAUUGCCAAGAAGAAGACCAAAGUUGCUCGCAAGUCCCUGGAUCCACUGUAUAACCAGGUGCUGCUGUUUCCCGAGAGUCCCCAGGGCAAAGUCCUCCAGGUGAUCGUGUGGGGGAACUACGGGCGGAUGGAGCGGAAGCAGUUCAUGGGUGUGGCCCGCGUGCUGCUGGAGGAGCUGGACUUGACCACCCUGGCUGUGGGCUGGUACAAGCUCUUCCCCACCUCCUCCAUGGUGGACCCAGCCGCAGGCCCCCUGCUCCGGCAGGCAUCCCAGUUGUCCCUCGAGAGCACCGUGGGGCCCUGCGGAGAGCGAUCUUAGUGCUGGGAUGGGGAGGGGUUCCCCAAGAUGGCCUGGAGACCACCCAGCCCUGACCUGGGACCCCAGGCCCAGGGGCACAUUGAACAGGAGGACGGGGCUCUCCCCCACAGUGGGGAAGCAGAAUGGGGAGAUCUGCCCCCCUUGGGCCCCUCCUCACCCCUUCUUUGCCUCCUACCCCCUGAGACCUUCCCUCUCCCAACGGGAUUGGCUACACUUUUGACUUGGCCGGUUCUUGACCUGGUGGAUGUGGCUGCAGUCUGGAGAAAGGAAAGACUGAGGUGGCAGAGCAGACCACUCUCCCGUCCCAGACUCUGUCCAACUUCUCCCCCUUUUUGCCUCCUCGGAAGCUUGCUGCCCAGAGCCAAGUCCAGAACCCAGCCGGCCAUCUCCAUGGUGCCAAUUACCAGCAAGUGUCUUUCCUGCGGCACCCGGUUCAGGCAGCUACUCCUGCCCCAGAGAUGAAGGGGCAGCUUUGCAAGGAUCCGGAGCUAGCUCCUGGGGGCCCAGAGUCCCCACUUGAAGAGGAGCUUGGGCUUCCCUCUGCCUGCCCGUGGAAGGAGCUUUGCCGCAGCCUGUCCGAGUCCAUCUGUCCAUCCCCUCCUGCCUGCCCCUCUUCUGGUGGCUCUAGGAAUUGGGGUUCAGCAGGGACCAAAGGAAAGGAGGAGGUACCAGGGGCCUGGCACAGACCCCUAGGUGCCUCGCUCCAGGGAUCACAACAAGCUAGUUUGGGAACCAUUGGUGGACUGGAAAGAAUGUUGUCUGUCUUCUGGCGGAGGAGCUGUGGAACCUGAAUUUCCAGAUCCCAACCCUAGAGAGCAUUCGGGGGGUGCUGUAUUGGAGGGGAAGGCUAAGGAAAGUUGGGAUCGGGACUGGUGGUGCCAAGAUAAGGGUUUCUCAAAUUGGAGAACCCCUCCUUGUUAGAUGAGGUCGAAGGUUAUCUUGUAUACCCCUUCUGCCUCCAGGCCAGGGGUCUGGGGAGGCAAACAGAGCCCCCCCUGUUUUAGUCUUUUUAAACAAACCAUCCUAUACUAAGGGCAGAAUGCACUGCCCCGGCCUCAGUUACCUUGGCUGAAGGAAAGAUGGUGAUAGGAGAGAAAGAGUGAAGAGACGUGCAUGUGAGAACUGGGAGAUUCCUUUUCCAGCAGGCCUGGGUAGCUGCCUUCCCAGCCCAGCCCUCCCUGGGGUCUGCGGGAACCCUUUUGCAUGCAAGGGAGGAUGGAGGCUGGCCCCUCUUUAUAGAAGCACAUUUCUGCCACCUCCCCUGGGAGGCACCCAGAAGCCUGCCACUCUUUACCUAGUCCCUGCUGUGUAGGGCGUAGUCUGGGUUAGCUAGGUAGAGUUAGUGUUCCAAGCCCUGGGGCCCAUUCUUAGCUCAUGCAUAGUCCUUACCGAGUCCCAGGACAGGAGUGGAGAGGAGACUCACGUACAUUCCAGGAGACCAGUGUCUCCUCGCUGGCCUGGGCCUAGAUGGGGCAACCUGGCUCACUGGAGGCCAGCCCCUCCUCCUCCACCCCCUUUCUCCCCUUCUCCCCUAUAGGGUUAUAGCCGGAGCUGCCUGUUAUACUCAGAUGUUCUGAUUUAUUAUUCUUGGUACUGACUUCCUUUAUGAGGCACUCCUGGGGGUUGUAGGACCUUGGCAGAGGGGGCCUGGUCUCCGUUGGAGGGUGUCAUUUUCCCCUGAGGAUACCCAGGCUGCCUUUGGUCCCACCCUCUUCCCGGUCCUGGUCCUGGUCCUGGUCCUGGUCCCUGUCCCACCAGGUGACUCCUUCCACCUGGAAAUUCUUCCCUUCCCUUAGCUUAUGUAAGCCCUGGGUAUCCUUUAAAGUUUUGGUCGAUGUAUGUCACCUCCACAGAGCUGCUUCCCCUGCACUGGGAAGUGGAGAUGGAGAUGCCCCCUUACCCAGGAGGUCUUCAGAGCUUCCUGGGAUUGUGGCGGAUGGAAUCCCAAGGUUGGGGACGGAAGGAGCCGGCGGAGCAGGGCUCUGGAGGGACUCGCAUUCAAGGCGCAGAAUCGGCCGCUCGCCUAUUUGUUUUUUUAACCAGUGUGAUUUCUCUGCUAUUCGUUUAUUAUUCACCACUGGAAUAUUUUGAGCCAGGAGAGCACCUUCUCUCUCCAGCCAUCGUCGCUGUGGUGGUUCAGGGGUAGCUCUCUAAAAACAGGGCAGAGCCUGGCUGUCUCAACCAGAGGGAGCAGGGGCUUGGCCCUAACAGCCUGAGCCCUUUCCCUGGUGUCUACACAGCCUUCAUAGAGAGAGAGCUCCGAAGCAAUAACAACACCUGGGGGUGGUCAGUAAGAGCCCCCUCAAUGAUUUUCUUGUUUGUUCUGUGAAAUCUCACUCACCUCCUGGAGGGGUGGAGCAGCUGGGGGCUGGAGCCCUGUUUCUUUGUAUCAUUGUGAGCAUGUGCCCCCCUUCCCAGGGGCUGUGACCAUUGGGUGUGGGAACCACGGUCUGUCCUCACCAAGGGAUGGGGAUUUGGGGAGAGGAGUGAUGUUUUCAUCAUUAGCUUUGGAGAAGCUUCAAGCCCGUCAUGUCCCCACUGCUGCCUGGCCCCUUGCUGACUCAGGCUGUACUGUUUGAAGAGGAGCAGAGAGGGUGGCACUGGGGGCCCUUAGGGGGCUGUGGCCUCCAGGGAGUGACUUUUUUCAAUUCCUGGGCCAAGAUCACAUGCAGGAUACCACGGGAAGGAGCCAUCUCCACUUUCCUUCUCCACAACCCCCUUUGCAUAGUAAAGGGGAAGGGCCUUUGGGACCAUUAGUCCAUUUCCAUUUUACAGACAAGAAAUCCAGACCCAGCUUGGGGGAAAAGCCACCCUGGAAUCAUCUGUGUGUGAGGUGGUGCCCAUACCUCCUUCUCCCUUCUUUUUUUGAAGCCUACUGGCCCCCAAAAGAUGGGCAGGACAAGUUGUAGCCCAUCUGAGAAGUUGGGAAACCGAGGCCCAGAAACAGGAAGUGACUCACACAAGACCCCUCAGCAAAGGCACAAAGAGGGAAGAACAAGGGGCUCCGCUGUGCUUCAGGCGACAGGAGACGUUGCUCCAGGGCGUGUCUGCCGGGACAAGGGCGUGUCUUCCUGGCCUCUACGCCCUGGCUGCACAGCCCUGCUGGGGUCCACCUCUGUAAGCCAGUGACUUCUCUGGGCCUGGGUGGGGGGAAGAGGUUGCCAGGGAGACAGCUUUCCUGGGGGGCUGGCUCAGCUGACUGAGGGUACACAGGAUGGGGUCUAGACCUUGAUGCCUGGGAGGAGGUUCCUGCUAAAGGGCCAUAGCCUCUGCAGGACCAACUGGAGAGAGAGUUAGGAAACGGCAGCUCCUGCCUGGGGCGGUGAGCAAAUGGGAGCAGCUGGGGGCACCUCAUUUUCGGGAAGUCCUCCCCAAACCUUCAGAUGCAGCGGGACCGGGCCUUCCUGGUGUGCUUUGCAGACUUGGUUUUCAGAACGCUUUUACCUCGAGUGUACCCUUUGGCCCUCACAAGAGCCCCUGGGGAGUAGGUGGUGGCCUGUGCCAUCACCCCCGAUUCAGAGCAGGCAGCUGAGGUCCUGGGAGGGAAGGUGCUCGCCUCAGGUCCUGCUGUGUUAGUGGGUGGGCAGCACUGGAGCUCGGUUCUCCAGCAGCCCGGAGUUCACUCUUUUACACUCAAGAGAUGGAGCCGAUAGCUUAGGGGGUGGUCGUGCACUUCACAAGCCAAUUCAAGAUCCAGUUCCUUCAGCCAGGAGCUCCUGGGUGCAUCUUUGUGUCAGAAACAGCACCGAGUCUCACCCCCUCUGGAGGCACAGCUGUUGCAUCAGGCAAGGUCACCUGCAUUUAUUUAUUGAGCAGCAGCGCUGUGUCAGGCCCCGGGAUGGAGUCCCCUCCCCAUCCCCCAUGGUGACUCCAAGGCCCUCUGGGAGGGUCCCCACGUCUGUGGAGCAGCACCUCAGCGUGGACGGAAAGCAUUCACGUCCACGAGCUCACCUGAUGCCAAGCCUGUGAGGUGGGCUGAUGGUGCCCGUCUAACCCAGCGCUUCUGUGAGGUCAGAGUGGAGCCAAACCCAGGGCUGUGGGCCUCACCUCCGGAGCCCUUUCACUCUCCGACUGCCUCCUGGGUGAGUGGCAGGAAGGCAGGACCCAGGUCCUCAGGCUGGGAGCCUCUCCAUCCACCCACCUUUCCCUCAUUCCUUCUCUUAAAGCAGGAGCCGCCCAGGCCUUUAGGGAGGGAGGGUUUCUGGGGCCCCUGGGUUGGAGUGGGGUCACGUUGCAUUGUGUUCAUGACCAUGUAGCUCAUGUUAAAAAUUAAAGUUUUUGGCUUUUCUAA